AUGGGCGGGGGAUAUUCCUGUUUAGUGGCGUCUAAAAGCCUCUCGAGGGAUUAUCGAUGGCCAAAGCGAACAAUAACACAGCUGAAAACCAGGUUUAUCCUUUCAUGCUAUAACGAAUUCGAGCAGACCUACAUUAACCUCUGUCGCAGUAUCGGGUCGACUUUUGACAGAUUGACGGACCGUUUGCACCCAGUAUGCCAAAUGCCUGUCAAAACUCCCUGUAUCCGUAAGUGCCCAGAGUUCUUGAACUUGGACGACCCGGCCAGGAGGACAUGGCCCAAGUGCGCGCUGCGCAGUAUCUUUAUCGUCGAUCCACGACCUUAA